AUGUCUGAUUUGUCCAGAAAUAACAGGUUAAGGGGGAUCGUUGCAGGUGCAGCAGUUGCGGCAGCGUUGGGUGUCACAGGAUAUAUUUGGUGGAGGAAUCAUUUAACGAAUGGUGGUGAUGAUGAAGAUGAUGAUGAUGACGACGGUGAUGGUGAUGGUGACGAUGGUGAUGGUGAUGGAAAUGGGGGUCAAGAUUCCAAAACUAUUAUUUUGACCAAAAGUUUGUGUGAAAAUAAGGGUAUUGAUUGGAAGAGGUUGUUUGAUACAAACUGUGUAGUGUUAGUGACACCAGGAUUAAAGUUCCAACCAUCGAAGGACAGUGUGAAUUCAACUAAUGAUUAUAAGAUAAUUCAUUGUGAUACAAUGGAAGGGUUAUUUUCCUGUGCCAAGCAUUUGGGUAAGAAAAAAUUAUUGUACGUACCUGAUGAACUUGAAUCUGGGUUGCCGGUUGACAUUAGCAGAUUUGUCAGGGAAGUUGUCGAACUAGAUAGUGAUAAUUUAAGAAAAGACCCUGAACUUUUCUUUAAAUAUUAG